CGCUCUCCCACCCUACUCCAGUGCUGCGGCUUCGAGCCGAAGAAGGGCUUUUCAUCUGCUAGAAAUCAUUGCAGUGUCGAAGUGCAGUAUGGACCGCCACCGUGUCUGUAGCUCUGAAAUGAAAGGUGCAGGGACAGGGAUUCAUGCUGGAGGUUAUACCGGUGCUUCCUGACGGAGCACAUAGACAGUUGAUGCUUCACUGGUAAGUCGACACUGCGUAACAAUAGUGGAAAUGUCUGAAUUAACGAGUGUCUGAUAAGCCAAAGUCUACCACUGCAGUGGCAGUGCGCCACGUGAGACUUGACAACAGACGGGCAGAUCGGAUAGUGUCACUUCUGUGCGGGAAGACGAUGUAAUCCUUCGACGUCAUUGGCCAGCAGCCAGAAAGCAGCUCUGGGUGCCAUGUUGCAGCAAUUUUGGGACUACUGCCUUUCCUGGUUGACUGUGUUACUGCCUUGAACUCUAAUCUGCCCAGAUGCAAUUGCGUUGCGCCAUGCUGCCGUCUGAUUGAGUGUCUCAUCUGUGUCCGUUCGGAAAAGUGUAACGGUUUCCUGCAGGGAAGAAAACUGCUCCUUAAGGAACAAGUCUGCUCCUUAAGGAACAAGUCUGGUGCGACGUUAGUCGCGCAAGCACACAUUUAGGUCCUUGAUGGGGGUGAAUUUGGCUUCCGUUUUCUACCAAUUAGAUGCCGCGGUAUCAAAAGGCUCUUCAAAUCCACUAGCAAUCACUGAUGCAUGUCGGCACACAACUGGUUUCACCAGUAUGUCCUGUAUCCCUAUGCCUGCAGUCAUCGUGGCAUUCUGCUGAUUCCUUCACUGGCCUAGCUCCACGGUGUCUGGUCGUAAACCAAGCGUGCGCGUCCUUCGUUGAGCCAUGUAUGUGUCUGUGAGUGUUUGGUGCACAAUCCGUGUUCUAAGUUGCUGAGAUCGUUUAUGAUCUGUAACAAACUUCUUGCCCCGAUUCUGUCAUAGCAUUCAUACACCCCCCUCUAUGCACGGUGACGGCAGAGUAGCUAGCUGAGACCGGAGAAAAAGCGUGUUUCUUUGCAUGGGCUGCGGUCCGUCAAGACGAGACUGAGAGUCUUGAUGAAGGAUCGAUGCAUCACUGGCAAUUGUGCGAAAACAUGUCUUUACUGAAGUACAUUUUUGUUUAGGUAGCAGUUUACCUUUUUUCCUUAAGGGUCUUUGUGGUCUUGCUCGACCUUUUUAUCGUCAAUCCGGGCGCGGCCACCGCAAGUGCUCGGAUUCUCGUCGCUUCCUCGCAGAUUGAAAGGUGAUAAAGUUCGUUGAGACGUUCUGGGUGUCAAGAUGAGCAACGUCGUUCGACCUAUCAAGCUCCAAGAGCAACAUCUCCGUCUCAUUUACGACGACUUUCGUCUUCUUGACGAGAACCGUGACGGCUACAUUGACCACAGCCAGUAUGCCACACUGGUACGCGCUCUAGGUCAGACUGUGUCUGACAGCGAAAUUGAUCGAUCUUGGAAAAUUGCACUUGAAGAGCAACGCAAACAGAAUGAAGAAACUAAAGCUGCUCUUGAAAAAAAGGAGGCACUGGCGAAGAAGGAAGCUGCAGGAACGCUCGGACUCCCGAAGAAACAGCCGCCGUCUGGCCCUGUAGCCCCUCCUCCAAAUGAAAUAAACUUUCAAGUCUUCACAAAGGUGUUUGCGGAUAACUACAAUCCGGUAGUAUCCGAGAAGGUCCUCCGUCAAGCGUUUCAGCUGUUCGACCCCAAAAACACCGGAAAGCUCUCUGUGCAACAGUUGCAAGAAAUCGUUACACACAGGGCAGAGCCUCUGUCGAAAGCGGAGUUCGACGAGCUGCUUCUCCUCGCGGGGCUCGACGGGCAAAGAAACUUUGAUUAUUCUCAGUUAGCCAAGAAACUUCUCACGGGUCCUGCUGGAGUCGCAACAGUCAAUGCAACUCGAUAAGGGAAGACGCAUGCAGAUGUAAUUUGCUGUACUUGUCGAUAAUUCAAAUUGAAAAGGAGAACGCGACAGAGACGACGAUGGACAACGAAAGGGAUGAACUACGAUGAAGUCCUGGAAAAUCCGAGUAGAAAAACAAGGGUGCGACUGCUGUAAAACUCUACACACUCCUUUAUAGGGGAUAUCGCGAGACACAGCUACAUGCAUCAUCCCAGGGGAAGCAAGCCCCCUAAAUAUGUGAUCAGAACCAGGUGUUAUUGUCAUGUUAUUCCAUGAUUCGCCCUCUGCGUUUCUCGGAGCAAUCCAUAUUCUAUUUUUGGUGUCUUCCGCGUGUUCCAUCGCGUCACACUCCCUCCCUAUCUGAUCUGUAUGUGUCUUCUUUUCGCUUAUGUGGUCUUUGUCUUGCGUAUUUCCCUCUACUUUACCUCUCCUUCUUGUCUUCCCCACUUGCUUUUUCUGUCUUUUCUCUCAUCCGUCUCUCUUCAGUAGUCAGUUUCCUUGUCAAUCGAAAAGGAGCGUUUUUUGUACGCUGACAUUAAUCUCCCGUUAGCAAAAACGGAAAGCAAUAACUCUUUGUAGCGGACAGCAGGGACGUGCGCCUACUGCAGAACUGCAUUCCCCUUCGCGCAUAAAGCAAUGCACGUAUCCACAUGCUUCUAGAUAUUUUAGCAAAACACACCUCCAGACGUGGAACUUUACAGAGGUAAACCUCUAUGAUAUAUGAGUGUGUGUAUAUACUGACAAGAUUGUAACUUAUGACCCCUCGUACCCUGAGGCCAGAUCGUUUGUUUGAGUAGAUUUAAACGUACAGGAAAUGAGGUUAUCGCAUUGUAACUAUAGCAUUUCUAUAGAGCAAUGCCAGCACCUCCCUAUCAAAACGUGUAUCAUGAUUCUAAAAUGUAACUUCAGAAUACGACUGUGAACCCGAAGCGAGAUUGCCGCGUGCGUGGCAUGCUCAGCAAUGCGCUGAGGAUGUGGUUACUCUAAAGAUUUGCUCCUUUUGCGU